GAGCUGUUUUACUAUGUUCAAAAACGUUGGCUUCCCCUAUUGAUAGACGAUGGUACGAAACCCGUGCCUUGUUGUAAGCUACUCCGCCUGCAUCGUGGUAAAUCUUCGUAUCCCCCAUCCCAUUCCAGUGACGUUACAGCGGCCCUACCCGCCCAUCUCCCCCGUAAGGCCCACUGGGGCGCCACGGAACAAAUCGACGCCUCGCACUACCUUUCCUAAUUCGGCAAUCCGACGCUGACGAUGUAGGAAGCCGUCGUAUUCCAUCAAAGUAAAACAAGGCGAUGAGCGCCCAAGGCUGCAGAUCAGGAUUUCGGAUCUUACUCGAUCGCGUCGGAAUUCUAGAAUUGGUCUAGCUGGUAGCUAAUACGAGCCUAUGAUAUCAUUGUUGAAAGCAGCGCAAGCUUGCGGCGGUGAUGCAUCUACAACACGAGACAGCAAGUAGUAUAAAAGACAAUAGAAAUCCUGCUCCAGAUUCUCAAUUGUAAUCAUCAACAAUCUCAUCGCUACUACUACUUAGCAAACACUCACCUUCCUCACUCCACAAACCCAAACCAACCCUCUCUUCUCCAACAAUGUACGCCAAGACUGCCCUCAUCGCCGCCCUCGCUGGUGCCGCCACCGCCGCUCCCGCCUUAUCUCAGGCCACCCAGGUGCACCUCAAGAUCCAGACUCUCAAUGGCAAGGACUUCGCCUCUGGCCCCGUCAACGGCCACUACCUGACUGCCUUCCACACCGGCGCUGGCCUUAACGUCGUCGGCACCACGGACGACAAGUCUCGCGCCCCUACCUUCUACAACCACGGCAAGGACGGCCACGCCUCCAUCUCUGCCGAUCUGGGCACCCCUCCUACUCCCUUUGGCCUCGAUGUCCCUGCUUACACCGUUGACGGUACUGCUGCUACCCUCAAUGCCGGCGCUGGCAAGGACGGCCUUGCCACCAGCGACGGCAAGCUUGAAGGCGCUCUCUGGGCCAUCUGCGACAAGCAGGUCGCUCCUAUCGGCCAGCAAAAGGCCCUCUACCUCUUCAACGUCCGCGGUGGACAGACCAAGCCUCUCCCCGCUGACUGCAUUGCCGUUGAUAUUGUUGCCGAGUGCGCUGGCAACGCUGCCGGUGUUGCUCCUGACUCCAAGGCUACCGCUUGCUUCUAAACAGGUUGAUUGAGCCAUUGUACUACUUUUACUUUCACUUAGCUGUUAUAUACAUCAUAUAGAAUCAC